AUGACCUUCUUUGGAGUCCUGGGGCCAGUGGCCAGCCUGAGGCCCGCUUCUGUCUUUUGUCCCCUGCCACUGCUGCUGCCCGCUCCGACACUGGCAGUGUUGGCCAGCAGCGGGCUGUGGGAAGAUUGCCCGGGCCUCCACUUCUCAGCCCUGGCCUCUGGGGCAUCGCCUGUACUGGCUGCGCUCUGGGCCAAGUCCCCUGGCAUCCUGGCUGGGCAGCUGUUCUUUGAGGCCGUCUUCACUCAGCUUGGCUGCCAGGUCUACUGGUUCCUUCCUGAGGGGUCGGAGCUGGUGCCUGUGACCAAGGUGGCUGAGGUCCGGGGCCCUGCGCACUGCCUGCUGCUGGGAGAACGGGUGGCCCUCAAUGCAGCCUGCUGCAGCGGCAUUGCCAGUGCAGCUGCCACUGCAGUGCGAGUCACCAGGGCCACCAGCUGGACGGGCCAUGUGGUUGGCACGAGGAAGACAACGCCGGGCUUCCGGAUGGUGGAGAAGUACGGGCUGCUGGUGGGCGGGGUGGCCUCCCACCGCUAUGACCUGGGAGGGCUGGUGAUGGUGAAGGACAACCACAUUGUGGCGGCCAGGGACGUGCAGAAGACAGUGCGGGGGGCAUGGCAGGGGACAGACUUUGCCCUGAAGGUCGAGGUGGAGUGCAGCAGCCUGCGGGAGGCCUUGGAUGCUGCCCAGGCAGGAGCCGCCGUGGAUGUCAUCUCCCUGGGGGUGCUCACCCAGGCGGCCCCACCCUUGGACUUCUCCCUCAAGCUAUUUGCUGAGGGGACUGCUCCUGGGCCCCAAGCCCGCUGGUCCUGA